AUGGAGAAGGAAUAUUCUGUAGUGUUUCUGCUUCUGAUGCUGUCCAUCCCCCCAGUCGGUUCCUGGCAUGACUUGGACAACAGUGAAUACGACUGUUGGCCUCUGGACGAGCCUAAUGAAUACAAUAUGAUAGACUGUGGAGGUCUAGAGAUGUCUUGGAUUGUCCGUCCUCCAGAAGAGGUGAAGUGUGGUCAGGUGUUCAGCGUCACCUACACGGUCACAGCCCAUGAUGCCUUCUAUGACUGGGCCAUCAAGAAGGACGUCUUCCCUCACAGCUCUAUCGUGGAUGCGGAGGCGGCUCGGUGGUUCUGUGAGCAUCAGGACUGUCCGACCAACUGGAGGGAUGCAGACGGAGAGAACUGCUGCAUCCACCACGCCAACAUACACUCCUGCCCUAUAGGGUUCCUGAAAACCGAUCGGAUCUGUGGGCCAUGGAUCCCUGAUGAUGGAAACAUCUUCACACACACCAUCUCCACCUCUGGAACAAUGGCCCAGACCAACUGGACCUCCAAGGUGGUCCUGGUCCAUCCAGGCCUGACGUCUCUCAUCGCCCACAUCAGGGUGGGUCGCAUGCAGGUUGCCCUGGAGGCCAAGAGCACCGUCCUGCCCCCUCUAGUGUGUGGUGAUGGGCUGUGUGAGGAGGGAGAGCUGUGCUCCACAUGUCCAGCAGACUGUGGAGAAUGCCCUCUGACCCUGGGGACCAAACUGGCCAUUGGACUCCCUGUCAGCCUGGUCUGUCUCUGCUUCAUAAUGACUGCUGUGUGGCUCAUGUACCAGAAGCAGAAGUUAUUAUGGGAUGAGAGUUGGAUCAUUGACUUCACUUUAAUCCAACAACAAGACCGUGUUCGUACGACCAUGGGCAGCAUGAUGAGUGUACCAGUAGGGACAAGUGACAGCAAUACCAGCUGUGUGACGGGAAUGAGCUCCUGCACCACCCGCAAGAACACCUUCACCUGCACCGCUAUAUAUGACGGCAGGACUGUCGCUGUGAAGAGGAUCCAGACCAAGACCUUCUCUCUCUCCAAGGCGGUGAGGGAGGAGGUGAAACAAGUCAGAGAGCUGGACCACCCUAACCUUUGUAAGUUCUUCGGGGGAUGUGUGGAGGUACCCAACGUUGCCAUAGUAACAGAGUACUGCCCCAAAGGCAGUCUGAGUGACGUGCUACUCAACGAUGACAUCCCUCUGAACUGGGGAUUCAGGUUCUCCUUCGCUGCGGACAUCGCGCGGGGGAUGGCCUACCUGCACCAGCACAGGAUCUUUCACUCCCGCCUGCGCUCCCAAAACUGUGUCCUGGACGACCGCUGGGUCUGCAAGAUCUCAGACUACGGGCUGAGGACCUAUCGUAAGCAGGACAAGGCGGAGCCUCUCUCCUUCUAUCAGCAGAGACUACUGGAGGUGUACACACCCCCUGAAUGUCAAGACCCUGAUACUGAGCCUUCACUGGCCGGAGAUGUGUUCAGUUUUUCUGUAAUUCUACUGGAGAUCGCCACUCGCAGCGACCCAGUUCCGGUGGAAGACUCUAGUCUGGAGUGUGCAUGGUGUCCUCCUCUUCCAGAGCUCAUCUCCAGUAAGACUGACAGCUGCUGCCCCUGCCCUGCUGACUAUGUAGAGCUGAUUCGUCGAUGUCGCACCGCGAACCCCGCCCACAGACCGACCUUCGAGCAGAUCAGGAAGUUUGUGAACCGAAUAAACCCUGACAAAGUCAGCCCUGUUGACAUGAUGAUGAACCUGAUGGAGAAGUACAGCCGGCACCUGGAGGUUCUGGUAGCUGAGAGAACUCAGGACCUGAUGCACGAGAAACAGAAGACAGACAGACUGCUCUACAGUAUGCUUCCUAAGCAGGUAGCUGAUGACCUCCGACAGGGAAAACCUUCCCAGGCCCAGAGCUACAUUAGUGCUACUGUCUUCUUUAGUGACAUCGUCGGCUUCACACAGCUGUCUAGCUCCAGCACCCCCUACCAGGUGGUGGACCUCCUCAACAACCUCUACACCACCUUUGAUGACAUCAUCGACAACUACGACGUCUAUAAGGUGGAGACCAUCGGAGACGCCUACAUGGUGGUGUCGGGGGUCCCCCGUGCUAACGGGAUCCUCCACGCUGCAGAGAUCUCCAGCAUGGCUCUGGACCUGGUCUCCGUCUGCAAAACCUUCAGGAUCCCUCAUAAACCCAACACACAACUACAGAUACGAGCUGGGAUCCACGCUGGACCAGUAGUAGCAGGAGUGGUGGGGACCAAGAUGCCGCGCUACUGUCUGUUUGGAGACACCGUCAACACGGCCUCCAGGAUGGAGUCCACCAGCGAAGCUCUGAAGGUGCAGUGCAGCUCCAGUGUGUUCUUCCUGCUGGAGGAGGUUGGAGGCUACGUCCUGCACUGCAGAGGAGUUCAGCAGGUCAAGGGUAAGGGAGACAUGGUCACCUAUUGGCUGGAGGGGAAACAAGGUGACCUGCGCUACAAGACUGUCGCCCCCGACAACCCUAGCCCUGCCAAGCCAGGGCUCAGGGACAUGGAGAGUGAGCGAGAUCUGCUGGGCUCCAUCCCGGGCAGUGUGAACGGCGACGUCCUACUCAGCCCAGAGUGACCCCUGACCUCGGUGAUGUCGUCGCUCAGGGCCGCGUGGCUCUCUGUAGAAACACGUUAGAUCGCCUUGUGCCCCCGUUGAUCCGACGUGGGAGACGUAAGAAGAACCUGGUCUUUAGAGAACGCUUGAGAACCGUUAACUAGAUACAGAGUUAUCACUCUGAAUCCAACCACAUGCUUACUGUGACCUCCUAGGGGUGCACAGACUGCUACAAAGAGUAGUGGUUAUGGGUCAAUAUAAAUGUGGUUAGCUGAUCAGUAACUUGAAAUAUACUUAUAUUGCUUGGAUCAUAAAACAUACUUACAAAAUCUUGUUGUUACAAUCAGUCAUAACCAGGUAUAACCGUUAAUAACCAGUUAGAACAACAGGUUACAGCAUUUUGAACCAUUUUGAACAUUGGAGUCGUGUAUUCAUUCAUCACAGUUGGCCGGCAAUAACCAAUCAGAUCAUCGAGGUGUUAUGAUGUUGGACUUGUAUAACCAGGUGUCAUGCGUGAUGUGGGUGUGUUGAUGGAGAUUAUCUGUAUUAGCGUAUUAUGUGU